UUUCAGUUACAUGUAUACGAUUUGUAAACACGUACGAAGGUAAAUGGACUAAUUGAUAAAUGGAAAUUGUGACUGUUGUAAUUCAUAUCUGACAAAAUGUUAUCGGAGAUUGUUUGUUAUUUGAUUAACAUCAAUAAAAAACUUAAUCAACCUAAUUCAACAUGAAUAGAUGUUGUCAUAGAGAAUUGGAUAUUACAAAAAAUACAUAAUCUGAGAAAAUGUCUGACAAUUGCCGUGUGUCUGAGGCCCUGUACGUGGGUCUGUGUGGUUAUAUAGGGACACCGAUAGAAGUAACCAUCAGGAGGGAGGUGAUGGACAUGGAGGAGAUGAUAUAUAAACAUGUAUAUAUACAUAAAGGUUGUAGAGGUAUGAGGAGUGGUAGUCAUAGGGAAGGUUUCAGAUUUAAAUCUUCUGAUAUAGACACGAUGUUCUGGAUUACCAAUCAUAAAGUGAUAACCGACUUAUCACAGUCCAGUGUUUAUGAUCUGUCAAAGCAUACCAUUAUUCUAAUGGAGGACACUGAUACACCACCAGGGUUUGUCAGACUACAGCUUCUGACGUCACCACUAGAUAGAAACAUAUCAUCAUCUGUUAUUCCGUUCAAUGACGGGAUGCUCAUAUCAAAUGUUAAGUGGAGACAAAUCAUACUUACAUUGAUAAGUGGAAAUAAAACUUUCACGAAUUUAAAAACUCAUGGUCCUUGUGCAAACAGUUUUUAUGGUAAUAUAGAAACUGACUAUGCUCUUUGUUUUCAUUGUUCCUACUGGCCACAGUUAUCUUGUUAUUGGAAAAAAAGAUGUACUCUACAUAACUGGCCCCCAAACCACGUUUUUUAUGAAAUUCUGAGUAAUGGUUGUCAUUUUGUGCCCGUCGGAAUUAAAACUGCAGGCGAUGAAAAUGAACUUGACUGGAGAUUAUCCUUUUCUCAGGCAGAACAAAAACUGAUCUACUCCAUGAACCAUACCCAAUUUUUGUGCUAUGGCCUCUUAAAAAUAUUUUUAAAAGAAGUGGUCAAUCGCGACAUAGAAGAACCAUUUUUGUGUUCAUAUUUUGCAAAAACUACUUUGUUCUGGCUGAUACAAAUAGGAAAUAUUACAUGGUGUCCAAAUAACUUACUGGAUUGUUUCUGGAAAUGUUUCAAAUAUCUAUAUCAUUGCGUUCAUCGAGGUGUGCUUCCUAAUUUUUUUAUCCCACAAAAUAAUAUGUUUGCCGGAAAGUUGUCCACAGUUAGAGGUGCACGCACACGACAGUGUCUAUUAGAACAACUGAACGGGUAUUAUGAAAUGGGCGUGACCUGUUUGUUACAAAGUACGACGGUCAGAGCAAUGAUUGAGCCAGUUAUAUGCAACAGCUUUUUCAGAGUAGAGCCACUUCUGGGUCAUAUCAAGAGUGUCGCUGAUACAGACGCUUGUAUCAAUUGGGAAAUACGUUGUUUUGAAUUUCCAUUAGAAAACAGUAGAACAAACUUUCUUAUUCUGAGGUCCAUAACAGUUUUGUCAAAUCUAUCACUCACAGAAUAUGAGACGUUAACAUUACAGAAAUGUACGGCAGAUGUUUUGGUAAAAACAGCAUUUUUAUAUCUCAAUAGUUUAACAGAAAAUACAAAUAAGGCAGUCUACAGAUCAGACAGACUGAUUGGUAACUUGUUGAAGCUGGCAGGUAGAGUGGGUGAUGUGUCUCGUUUGUUGUACCUUGCUAUGUAUUACUACAGAACAUGUAGAUAUAGAGAGGCGCUUCGUGUUACAGCUCUGGUUAAAUCAAGACUCAUACAGCCAUAUAUCAUGUAUAACACAGUAGACCGAGAUAGGUACAAUGAAUCAGUGGCUGGUUGGUCUCUGUCUAAACGCAUGAAGAAAGCUUGGGCAUACUAUUUACCUCUUGAUAAUAAUGUUUAUUAUAUCCAGGAACUAGCUUUAGAACAGAAUGUAAGCAAAGACAAUGGUGAUGAAUCAAUGUUGUAUAUUUCACCCUAUGUAAUGCCAGACAUGUUAAGUGUGUUAUGUAACUACAAACUAGGUAACCGGUCCCAGUGUCUACAGUCACUGACAGACCUACAGACACUGCUGCUCUAUGAUGUCGGGAGAUACGUACCUUUGAACCUUAGAGACCUUUCGUGGCAGAUACUGGGGAUCUGUCAGCACGUUGUGGGGGACCUACACGGGGCGUUACAGUCUUAUCAACAGUCACUGAGUCAGGAACCAUACCACAAAAUACAGAAUGCCACAGAAUACAGAAUUGCACUAGUUUUGAAUCAAUUAAACCAGUGAAACAGCGGUGUGGAUUAUUGAGUUGCAUUCAUGAUGGUAAAUCAUGAACUGCAUAAUAAUACAUGAACUGUUAAUUUAC